GGAAUGUGUAAGGAGCUAUUUAUAGGCCAGACCACAGUUACAAAGAUUGUUUUGUUGAAGUUCGACCUGAAUUCUGAAUAGAUCAAGACUUGGAACUUGAGAAAAAUGGCGAAACUCUGUGUGCUCGUUGCUGUUGUGUUCGUUUUUGGCGUUCAGUCAGCUCCCCAGAAAGAGCUGACAUGUUCGGUUGCCUCCCUGCAGGAGGACAUGGAGAAGUCGCUCAUGUCGUGCAUGAUCAGCGAACCUCUCCUCAUGAUGGAGAUUAUGAAGAACAUGCGGAGCCCUGACAAGAUGGAGAACAUUGGCUUCAUCUGCGAUAAUAAGCAAAAGAUGGCUGCUCUUUUGAACUGCAUGAUCCACAAGUUCUCUGAGUGCGUGCCUCCCUCUGCCCAGGACAUGAUUUUCAAGAUCAUCCCAGAUGAAAAACGCUGGGGAGAUGUGUUCACACUGGUCUGUGACAACAAGGAAGUGCUCAGCGAGCAGUGCAUGAGCCCGACAGACUCGCAGCGCUUCCUGCAGUGCUACACAGAGAAACUCGGGGGCCUGUCCAACCUCGUCAGCACCCUGGGCUCCUCCGAGAACCUGAACCCAUUGCUCUGCAAGGUGAUCAGCUGGGAUAUGCAGUGCUUCAAGGCCAACGCAGGCUCCUGCUCCGGUGACUACCUUGACCUGAUGAUGAGGCUGCUCAAGAUGGUGGUCUCCGUCCCCAACUGUCCCAUGACGCUCGCUGGCCACAAGCGGCUUGAGAAUGCUUUGAGCUCCAUCAUGGUGCAUGGUCACCCCCUGCACUUCCAGCCCCAGGGAGAGGCCCGCUACAAGACUCCCGGCAACUACUGAGGCGGCGGCCCAACCCCAGUCUGACUCCGGCCCGAUGCUGAGCAGGCUGUGACUUCGCAAUGAGCACACACACACGCACUCACGCACUCACACAGGCUCACAAGCACGCGCACGCACACUUGCGAGCUUACAAGCAUCAUACACACUAGCAUCGUACACACAAGCACAUGCACGCUCACAUGCGAGCUUACAAGCAUACACACUUGUACAAGUACGCGCACACACACAUACAAGCUUACAAGCAUCAUACACAGUUGUACAUGCACACAACCUCUCUCACGUACACUUACAUGCACACAAGCAUACACAUGUGUACACACACACAUACACACACACAAACACACACACACACACAGACACCCACACACUUUCAUACCCACAUACAGACAGCACCGCUUCUGCUUGCUUUUAGAUUUGGCCUCAACCACCAGCUGAACACAGUGGCGUCUUCUUACCAAAGGACGGGUCAACAACAGCAACGACAACAACAACAACAACAACGACAACAACAUCUAUCUACCCAAAGGACACUUCAGUUACUACAACCACCAUGUCUACUUAUCUGUACCCAAAAGGCAGUUGAACAAUAACAACAACAACAACAUCAACAACAAUAACUACAACCACUAUGUCUACUUACCCACAAGGCAGUCCAGCAACAACCACCGCAACAUCUACAACAACAACAACAACAACAACAACCACCCCCACAACAUCUACUUACCCAAAGAACAGUUCAACAACAACAACCACAACAACAACAACAACAACAACCACCACCACAACAUCUACUUACCCAAAGAGCAGAGUUCAACAAUGGCAUCCUACCUACUGGUGGUGGCAUACAAAGUUGUCACAACUGCCACCCAAGAACUCUCUAACAAAGAGAGCGUGUCACAACACACUUCACACAAUGAUGUCGUUCACUUCACAGACUUUGCUCUCGUAAAAGAAGAAUCCCGAGGAAAAGUAAUCUCUCGUAUUUUUCGCGCUGAUGGCUUUUAUUUAAAUCCCAUUAUAUAAUAGAAGUCGUGAUCGUUGUUGAAUUGUGUGAUGCAGUUUUUCUCUUUUUUUUUCGAGUCCAAAGAUCCAUGUGCAGAGUUAUAUAAAUGAAUGUUUACUUAACACUCAGUUUGAUUUCUGUGUUUUUAAUGGUUGUACAUUCUUGUAAUUUUAUUUUCAAUGACAGACUUUUAUUUAUGCUAUAUUGAUAUGGUCAGUACUUUCUGACGUGAUCAUUAGUUUUCUAGAAUUAAUUUUGUUUGACUUGAAUAGUCGGUCGACAUUCCUGGUUGGUAUCAAAUUCUAAGUGUUGAAAGAAAAGCUAGAAAAAUGACAUAAUGUUAGUACAUUAAAUUUUGUAAAAAAAACAGGAAACAAGUUGUUUUCUCUCUCUCUCUCUCUCUAGAAAAACAUUGCUGUCUAGGUUAAGAAUACGGUAGUUGAACAGUUUGUGGAGGAAAUACUCGGAUGUUGUUGUGAAGUUGUCUCCUCGAAGACUGUGACUCUCCACUGAACACACACACUCACACACACACACACACACACACACACACACACACACACACACACACACGCUGUGACACACAGCAGCCUCAACAGUCUGUGGCUUGUUGUCUUGCCAGAACUUGAAGUUGAAGAGAGCGAACCUCCUCCUGUUGUGAGCUAGCUGUAUAAGUCUUUGUUCCUUGGACAACAAGUCGCGACCUCGGUGCUUUCUUGUCCUAUCUCCAUCCCAUUUUUUAACAGUGAAAAUGUGACUUCUUCUUAAGCUUAUUCUUUGUUAUGAACUGUUUUCACUGCUAUUAAAAAUGGAAAUUCAACAAGAAAGCGCUGGGGUCGCGAGUCUGUGGCUCUUGUCUUCUUGCCAGAACUUGAAGAAAGUGAACCUCCUGUUGCGAGCUAGCCACACAGUUCUUUAUUCACUGGCAAACAAGUCGCGACCUUAGCGCUUUCGUGUCGCAUCUCCAAUUUUUAAUAACAGUGAAAACAGCUCGUAACAAAGAGUUAGCUUAAGAAGAAGUCACAUUUUCACUGUUGAAAAAAAAAUGGAGAUAUAUGGCAAGAAAGCACUCGGGUCGCGAAGUCUUGUCCCCAAACUGUUUUGGCGUCGCAGACAAAGAAUACUUGUAGUUGUAGCAAACACGCACUUACCCUUUAUACCGUUUUUGUGUGUCUCUUAUCCCAGAGUUAGUUGUUAGUGGUAAGUUUGUGUGCGUAUUUUGUGCCGUGAAAAUAUUGCUUUUGAAGUUUUCAUUUUCCUUUGCCCUUUUGCUGUUUUUUUUAAUACCUCCCAAACAGGAGCUUGGAGGGGUUCAGAUUCAGAGUCUCAUAGUUGGGAAGCAGCCGGCCAAAAGUUUUCUUUUCUUUCUUUUUUUGUGUCAGUGCUCUACCAGUAUGCGGAUUUCAGUUGAAAGAAAGCUACUCUUUUUUUUAUUUGAAUGUGAAGUAAUUUUGCAAGGCAUUCAAUUUCAAAAUUGUCACUUAGAGACUUAAGACAUUUUGUCUGUACUUGCCCUCCAACUCUAACAUUGUAUUGAAUUAGCUCUAUUUUUGCUGCUGCUUUUACUGACAUUCUUUGAAAUCCACCAACCAUGCAGGGGAUAACAACAAUGUUCUUGUUCUGAUUCUUAAUGCUCAAUUGUGCUUUUUUUAUUCAAGUUUCCAACCUAAGAUUCAUGUAGGCAAAUCAGGAGAGGUCGAGGUCAAGUCUCUGGAACUAGAAUAUAACAUAGCUUUUGAUUUGCUUUCAAAGAUUUAGUACAAGAAUUAUUUUUUUGCCAAAGAUGUGUAUAUCAUGCUGAGGGAUUGUUUUGAGCUAGGUCUAGCUUCAGAAGAUAUUUUGGGCUUUGGGGUUUUUUGGCUUAUAACUUAGUGGGGAAAAUCCUGUCCAAUUGGCUCUUCUGAGUCUUUUUGAAAUUGAAACAGAUUCUCAUAAUUCUUUGAUCAAUAAUCUGCACUUUGAACUACCUUCAACUAACCUUACUAUUAGUAUUAGUAUUAGUAGUCUAACUUUUAAGAAUUCUUUUGAUGUUGACUAAUCCUUUCCACCUUUGUUACAAUUCAGUUAGAGACUUCUUGCAGUUUACAUAUUUCCUUCUAGUUCUAGUUAACACUCAACUGCCCCCAUUUUGUUUUUCAAUGCAACGUAAAUAAAUGUACUGUGUCAUUUGGUUUCGUUUUUGAGUUUUUCAAAAGAACAAAUCAUUCCUUUUUUUUUUUCAUUUCAGACUGGUGUAUCUCUACAAUGUUUUUCACUUUUCCUUUUAGGGUCAAAAAGAAAAAUCUCAGAAUGAAGGAUUUAUAAUUUUAUACAUUGCCAUUUUGUUUAGCAAUCACUCUCGGAGAACUGCGGUGUUCAAUUUAUAUUUUUAGGAAAGUUUUCAAGUUGGGUGAUUAAAAUUUUGAAGGAUUGAA